AUGGCCCCGUCCGUUGCCGAGAGUGCCUCGCCGAUUGGCAUUGCCAAUCUCCCUAACCAGCGACACAAGAUCGUUGCGAAGCGUGGUGCUGCCUUUACUAUUAUGGUUGCUGGCGAGUCUGGCUUGGGAAAGACCACCUUCAUCAACACCCUCUUCUCCACCACCAUCAAGAACUAUGCCGACCACAAGCGCCGUCACCAGAAGCAGGUCGACAAGACUGUAGAGAUUGAGAUCACCAAGGCCGAGUUGGAGGAGAAGUUCUUCAAGGUCCGUCUCACCGUCAUUGACACCCCUGGCUUUGGCGACUAUGUCAACAACCGCGACUCGUGGAUGCCCAUCAUCGAGUUCCUUGAUGACCAGCACGAGUCCUACAUGUUGCAGGAGCAGCAGCCCCGCCGCCAGGACAAGAUCGAUCUCCGUGUCCAUGCCUGCCUCUACUUCAUCCGCCCUACCGGCCACACCCUCAAGCCUCUCGACAUCGAGGUCAUGAAGCGACUCUGCUCCAGGGUCAACCUCAUUCCCGUCAUCGCCAAGGCUGAUACCCUCAGCCCUGCCGACCUUGCCAAGUUCAAGCAGAGGGAGGAUGAUGAUGCCGCCGCCCAGCACGCCCGCAGCCUCAUGGCCGCCAUGCCUUUCGCCGUCAUUGGCUCCGAGAAGGAUGUCAAGACGAGCGACGGCCGCAUCGUCAAGGGUCGCCAGUACUCUUGGGGUGUUGCCGAGGUCGAGAACGAGGACCACUGCGACUUCAAGAAGCUCCGCUCUAUCCUCAUCCGAACCCACAUGCUUGACCUCAUCCACACCACCGAGGAGCUGCACUACGAGGCCUACCGUGCCCAGCAAAUGGAGACCCGCAAGUUUGGCGAGGCCCGUCCCCGGAAGCUCGACAACCCCAAGUUCAAGGAGGAGGAGGAGAGCCUCAGGAAGCGCUUUACCGAGCAGGUCAAGAUCGAGGAGCAGCGAUUCCGCCAGUGGGAGCAGAAGCUCAUCGCCGAGCGCGACCGCCUCAACAAGGAUCUCGAGCAGACCCACGCCCAGAUCAAGCAGCUCGAGGUCGAGCUCGAGCAAAUGCAGGGCAGCGCCGUCCGCAGCCACGGUCGCCGUUAA